CCCAGCAAGACUUCCACAAGGAGCUGAAGAGGAAGACAAAAACAGCAGUUAAAAGUAAAGUCUAAGAGACAAACACCUGCUCUGUCAGUUAUUUUGUACAGGUUUCUUCCCUCAGGACACAGAGAUGGGCCGGUGGAGCUGCAGCGUCUUCGUGGUGUUUUUGUUCUGUGGAGCUUUUAUUAAAGAAGCACAUCCAGCUACUAUAUCUGAUGUUGGGGGACACAAAGGUGCUCAGAGAAACCUUCUGAUGGAAGAAGAUCACUUAAACAGUAACAGUACUGACAUUCGAAGGGCAGCAGACCCAGACGAGGGCUCAAAGUCUGUGACGUGGACCUAUCUGGCUGCAGGACUGGGCACAGUCCUCACCAUCUCACUCAUCAUUGUGAUGGCUGUCAAGUUUCGCCUCUUCCAUCGCUUCUUGGCCAGCUACAGACACUCCCUGCUCCAGGAGGCCGACGGGGUCAGCCAGUACGGCCAGGAGGAGGCGUCCUUCCCUAACAGCGUGAUGGGUAGAAUGGGAGUGGCUGGAGGGACUCCAAGAGGACUGGAUGAAGAUGAUGAUGGCUUCAUUGAGGAUAACUAUAUCCAGGCCAGUGAGAAAGACAGGGCAGAGAGAGAAAGAGAGGAGGAUGGCGAGGAGGGGAUAGAAGACAGCGACGAUGAUCUUCAGUUCACUAUAGGGUGAUUAGAUAAAGGGAGACUUCAUCGGAAACUGUCAGUUUACAUCUCAGAUUAAAUGACACUAUGGAGAAGAUGUUGAUUCUAAACCUUUCUGGCUUGUAACCCUUUAAAAUGAAUCAUACUGCCUACCUGCAACCUCUUCACACACCAUCACACCAUGUCUAUUAGGGGUUCCAACAGAGAGUGAGUUCCCCUCAAAAAGUCUCAUAUUGUUUCAUUUAAACAAUUGCUAUAGACCAGAAAGGACAAAACUCUAAAUAUCACACAAAAAAGAUUUUAUUUGUUUGUCAGAAUUGUGUUGAAUUGAAUAGUUUUUUCUUGUUCCAUUUAAUCAUUUCGGGGCUUCCUGUUAGCCCUUGGAGGGGGCGUGACCCUUAGCUUGAAACCGUUGAAAGUGCACAGUAGAUAAACGUAUGAUAAAUGUAAAAAAUUAAUGAGGCACAGUUUUAUAUCCAAACCUGGACUAACAUUUAGGAUGAUCUACUGGCAUAAAUGUAAUAUAAUCUUCAUAGUUGUGUUUUCAUUGGUGUAUAAUCAACUACAUAUAGGAAUCGAUGAGUUUUCGUUACCUUAGAAUGAGCCAUUUUUAUCUACAGCCGGACAAACCAAACAUUGAAACAGUAUGUACACUUCACUUCCUAAAUCCUGCACACUUUUUGCACAAAUUAUUUGAGUGCAGUAUAACAGUUGUGAGCACAUUGUCAUGGUUUGGGAUUUUCUUUGUUGGUUUCCUGUUUUAUUUUGUAAUGUUCCUUCUCUUGUGUCUUUUUUUGCUUCACUUCCUGUCUUUGUCUGUUUUCCCUCCAGUUUUGAUUGUUUGCCCUGCCUUGAUUAUUAUCACCUGUGUCUUGUCAUCCCUCCCCUCACCUGUGUAUUGAGUCUUUGUGUUUUGUUGGUUCUGUGUCAGUACCCCAUGGAUACUCUGCUCUUGCUGUUUUCCCUAUCUGUUCUUGGUUGUUUUUCCUCAUAGCUUUUUCUAGAAUUAUAUCAGUUCCCUGUGUGCCUACCUGUUAUUGCACCAGCCUGUAAGUUUUCUUCAAUAAAUCACUGAAGUUAUUCUGCUGCCUGGCCUAUCUUGCGUUUGGCUCCAACCCUGAUAUUUUUCUAGUUGUAACCAACAUCCCAUCAUAUACUUAGGCUGGGUGCACGAUGUCAGAUUCAUUGAAGGAAAAAGUGUUAUCUGCACCUUGCUGAUGUCAUGUUUGCCUACAGUAUAUAUACUUUGCACUUUUCCCAAAGGAGAUCCAGUAAGUUGAAAUGUUGCCAGACAGAUUAUCAUACAAUAUAAUAAAAGGAAUGUGUUGUGUCUGUAUAUAUCCAUCUAUAAGUUGUUGCUAAUGAAAAAUGUUGAUGGCAUCAUUUGAGUAAGUAAAGUAUUUACAUUCAAGUUAUGCUGGUUGGUUGAUUUAUAAUUUGGCUGUGAAUCAACAACAAAGAAUGAAU